GUUGGCAAAGAGGCGCGUACGGUAAUCAUGGGCACGAUCACUUAACCCCCUUGUCAUUUCUUUUUCUCCUUUGGCAUUUCUGUUUCCAUAUUAUCUGUACUCUUUUGCAGCAAAGGACUCCCAAGCUUUUCAGACGACAUUUUCAGAGGAUUUUAGAGUUGAUUUUUUCAGGUAAUAACAAAUGGAAUUUGUUAGAGAAGUUGGAGAACUCUGGGGUAACCAGGGCAUGGAAGGGGAAGAAGGUGUUAUGUCCAUAGAACCGAUUGCGAUGAUUGUACCGCCAGAGCUGCAAGACUUGUCGAAAACCCUUACACCCGAAAGCAGUGCCCGUUCGAGCACACACGAGGGCUCUGGUGCUAAUCACUCUUCGUCAUCUGAAGGGUCGUCAUCAGAAAAGACUCUUAGCGUCGGAGAAGAUGUGGGGGAAGGUGUAAGUAGCCCAUCGCCAGAAAGUGUGGAGGUGACUGUGGAUGUGCCCAUGGUUGUAGGUUGGGAGAAUAAAUUUAUAAGUGGCAGGCUGAGCAACCUUCGCAAGGCCCCACAUACAUUGGGUGCUGAAUUUAGGUUUAGGGCAAAUUUUCAUCAUGAGGUAGUGGAUUGCGCGACCUCAAUUAAAGGAUAUAAGAGACUGGAGGAGAUAGUGAGGCAAUAUCACGUCCCCAGGACAAUUUUGCUCCGAACUGGUACCAAAAACGAAAGGGCCUGCAUAGUGUCACCAAUAGGGUGGAUACCCAUGUAUGUGGACCACUUCGAUGCUGGCCUGCGAUUCCCUUUGCUCGUACUGAUUUUUGACGUUCUCGCAGAGUACAGGCUGGCGAUGGAGUUAGUUGACUUGGAGGCCCUAGUUACCCCUGAGGUGCUUGCUGUGCACGGGUUUGUGGAUGUCACAAACCUGUUCAGUGAAGGAGAGAUGAGUAGCAUGCUCGAAAGACAACACGAACGGGCUCAACGUUCACGAGCUAGGGGGGCUGGGUCUAGCACGCAAAGGCAAACGCACUUUGACCAGUGGCCGCCUGCAGCUCAUCGCAAAGGGGGGCGAGGCUCCAACUCGGUUUCAUGGCCACAUGCCAAGCGGAGAGUAGAAACCACUUUUGUGGAGACUCAAAGGUGUGCUCGUGAAGACUUCGACGCUGAAGAUGAUGUCCCCUUGAUUCGGCGCAGAUUGAACGCUAGGAAUCAAUCUGGAGCGGUGCGCUCACCUGACGCGCCCGUUGCCCAGGCGCGCAACCCUGCUGAGGCCUUACCCACAGCAGUAGCUAGCAUGGGCCCCAGAAUCGCAUACCCUGAGGGCUUUAGCUAUACUAAAGCCGACUGCCAACUCGCUAUGGUCUAGGGUAUGCAGAAUUUCGUCCCACUUGCAGACCGUCAGCACGCCAAGGGUUACAUCCAGUAGCAUAGGAGUCAUGCGACUAUGCUGAAGUUGAUGGAUGUGAGUAUUUUUUCCAAGUCCCAACAUGCAGUAAUAGAUUACAAUUAAUAUU